AUGGACACCAAGGGCCCGGGUGCCACCUUUAAACGGUCCUCCCUCAAACGUACCACAUCCGGCUCGCAGAAGGCGCAAAGAGCUUGGAUUGAGAGGACCUUUACGAAAAGAGAAUGUGUUCACAAAUUUCCCACAAAGGACCCAACCAGAUGUGCCUGCGGUCAGCUGAACACACAGCACGUGGCCAUCCCUGCUGGUGCCAACUCACUGGAAGAAGCCAACCAGCUGGUGCAGAUUGACACCCCGAAGGAUAAAUGGAGUGUGAUCAAGCACACAAGGACCUACCCAACAGAUGCUUUCGGCCUAAUCGAGUUCCAGGGUGGAGGAUUCAUCAACAAGGCCAUGUAUAUCCGAGUCUCCUAUGACACCAAACCCGACAACCUCUUGCAUUUGAUGGUGAAGGACUGGCAGUUGGAGCUGCCCACUUUGCUCAUCUCCGUACACGGAGGUCUCCAGAACUUCGACCUCCAACCAAAACUCAAGCAAGUGUUUGGCAAAGGCCUGAUCAAAGCUGCCGUCACCACCGGAGCUUGGAUCUUCACGGGCGGAGUCAACACAGGGGUGAUCCGUCAUGUAGGAGAUGCCUUAAAGGACCAUUCCUCCAAGUCACGAGGGAAAGUGUGUGCAAUAGGAAUUGCACCAUGGGGGAUCCUGGAAAACAAAGAGGAUCUCAUCGGAAAAGAUGUCACCAAACCCUAUCAGACAAUGGCAAACCCACUGAGCAAGCUGGCUGUGCUCAACAACAGCCACUCCCACUUCAUCCUGACCGACAACGGCACCUGUGGGAAGUACGGCUCCGAGGUCAAACUCCGCCGGCUGCUAGAGAAGCACAUCUCCCUGCAGAAGAUCAACACGCGUUUGGGUCAAGGGGUUCCUCUGGUGUGUCUAAUCGUAGAGGGAGGUCCCAACGUGAUCUCCAUCGCACUGGAGAGUCUGAGAGACGAGCCUCCCAUCCCUGUGGUGGUGUGUGACGGCAGUGGCCGAGCUUCCGACAUCAUAUCCUUUGCACACAAGUUCUCAGAAGAUGGAGGCCUUGUUAAUGACGAUGUCCGAGAGCAACUCUUGGUGACCAUUCAGAAGACUUUCAAUUACAGCAAAAGUCAAUCACAGCAGAUCCUGCUCAUGGUUAUGGAGUGCAUGAAAAAAAGGGAACUGAUCACAGUUUUUCGAAUGGGCUCUGAGGGACAACAAGAUAUUGAAAUGGCCAUUCUUACUGCCUUAUUAAAAGGCACGAACGCUUCCGCAGCUGACCAGCUCAGUUUGGCUCUGGCUUGGAACAGAGUGGAUAUUGCUCGCAAUCACAUCUUUGUUUACGGUCACAAUUUACCACCUGCUGGUGCCAUCGCCAACACUACAACCACUGUAGCCCCAGCCCAGGAGAAGCAAAAGAGCCCCGCCAGUGCUCCUCGCAACAAAACCCGUGGAAAGAAGGGGAAGGGAAAGGGAAAGGCAAAGCCUGAACCCCCAGAGGAAACAGACCCGAGGAAGUUGGAGUUGAUUCGUUGGGUGAACUCUCUGGAGCAGGCUAUGAUGGAUGCUCUGGUGCUGGACAGAGUGGACUUUGUCAAACUGCUCCUGGAGAAUGGGGUCAAUAUUCACCACUUCCUCACCAUUCCCAGACUGGAGGAGUUGUACAACACGAAACUGGGCCCUACUAAUACACUGAACGCUGUGGUCAGGGACGUUAAAAAGGGUAACCUCCCUCCAGAUUAUCAGAUCACUUUGAUUGAUAUUGGUCUGGUGUUGGAGUGCUUCAUGGGUGGAGCUUACAGGAGCAAUUACACCAGGAAGGCUUUCCGAAACCUCUACAAUAAUUUGUACGGACUAAAAAGGCCAAAGGCUCUGAAGCUUCUGGGAAUGGAGGACGAUGAACCGAGGACAAAAGGCAAGAAAAAGCCAAAAAAGAAGAAAGAGGAAGAGGUGGAAAUUGACGUGGAUGACCCCGAGGUCUGUCGAUUCAAGUACCCCUUUCACGAGCUAAUGCUGUGGGCGGUGCUGAUGAAACGCCAGAAGAUGGCGCUGUUCCUCUGGCAGCGUGGAGAAGAAGCUAUGGCGAAAGCUCUGGUGGCCUGUAAACUAUAUAAAGCUAUGGCCCAUGAGUGCUCUGAGAGUGAACUGGUGGAUGACAUCUCACAAGACCUGGAGAACAACUCCAAAGAAUUUGGCCAGUUAGCCUACGAGCUGUUGGAUCAGUCCUAUAAGCACGACGAACAGGUGGCCAUGAAACUUUUAACAUAUGAGCUGGUCAACUGGAGUAACUCCACCUGUCUGAAGCUGGCUGUGGCUGCUAAGCAACGUGACUUCAUCGCCCACACCUGCAGCCAGAUGUUGCUCACUGACAUGUGGAUGGGCUGCUUAAGGAUAGGCAAAAAUCCCGGCCUCAAGGUUAUUCUGGGAAUCAUUUUCCCUCCUCUGAUCCUACUGCUGGAUUUCCGCCUUGGAGAUGACGCUUCAUACCACGCACCUGAGGGCCAAGAACAGGGAAAAGACAAGGAUGAUGACACAAAAUCCAGCAAGGACGCUAAUGAUGCAACUUCCCGAAAGGGAGAUGAAGAGGAGGGCAGCACUAAUGUCCGCAAAAUCCCUAUCGGCAAAAGAUUCUUUGAGUUUUAUGAUGCGCCAUUCACCAAAUUCUGGUUCAACACAAUUUGCUAUUUGGGCUAUUUAAUGUUGUACAACUACAUAAUCCUGGUAAAAAUGGAGCGGUGGCCAUCUAUACAAGAGUGGACUGUCAUUGCAUACAUCCUCACACUUGGCUCGGAAAAAGUCAGACAGAUUCUGAUGUCGGAGCCAGGGAAGCUGAAACAGAAGAUAAGUGUGUGGCUGGAGGAGUACUGGAACAUCACUGACCUGGCUGCCAUCUGCACUUUCCUCCUCGGGCUGAUGCUCCGGCUGCAGCAUGAACCUUAUAUGGGCUACGGCAGGGUCAUCUACUGCAUAGACAUCAUCUUCUGGUACAUUCGCGUAUUGGACAUCUUCGGAGUCAACAAAUACCUGGGACCCUAUGUGAUGAUGAUAGGGAAGAUGAUGAUAGAUAUGAUGUACUUUGUGGUGAUCAUGCUGGUGGUGCUCAUGAGCUUUGGGGUGGCUCGGCAAGCCAUCCUUCACCCUGAUGAGGAGCCAACAUGGCGCCUGGCCAGAAACAUUUUCUACAUGCCCUACUGGAUGAUCUAUGGGGAGGUUUUUGCGGACUCGAUAGACCUCUAUGCGAUGGAAAUCAACCCUCCAUGUGGGGAGCAUUUAUAUGACGAGGAUGGGAAGAAACUGCCUCCGUGUAUCCCUGGUGCCUGGCUCACACCAGCCAUUAUGGCCUGUUACCUUCUCGUGGCAAACAUUCUUCUGGUCAACUUGCUCAUUGCAGUGUUCAACAACACUUUCUUUGAAGUCAAGUCCAUUUCCAACCAGGUGUGGAAGUUCCAGAGAUAUCAGCUGAUCAUGACGUUCCACGACCGUCCCAUCCUGCCGCCACCUCUUAUCAUUUUCAGCCACCUCUACAUCCUCUUCAACAGGCUUUUUAGGCGGUGUGCCAGAAAGAGACAGGAGGGAGAGCUGGAUGAGAAAGACCGUGGACUCAAACUCAGGCUAAAUCCAGAGGAGCUAAAAAGUCUAUAUGAGUUUGAAGAACAGUGCGUGGAGGAAUAUUUCCGUGAGAAAGAAGACGAGCAGCAGUCCUCCAGUGAUGAACGCAUCAAGGUUACCUCCGAAAGAGUUGAGAAUAUGUCCAUGCGUCUGGAGGAGGUCAACGAGAGGGAGAACACGAUGAAGGCCUCCCUGCAGACGGUGGAUCUCCGCCUAGCACAGCUGGAGGAGAUUCACGGGCGAAUGGCAGUUGCCCUGGAAAAGCUUGCAGGGGUGGACAGACUGGAGCUGACCAGGACCUAUUCGCGAAACUCCUCUGUGUGUGACCCCUCCUCCCUACUUCGCCAGGGCAGUAUUAACAGCGCGGAUGGUUACAGUCUUUACCGCUUCCACAUGGACAUGGAGGAGUUUGCAGCGAAGCAAAAUGCAGAUGAGACACCUAAAACAGGCAUAGAAAGACAGAAGAGUCUGCGGCAAGCCUCCAGCGUUAGUACUCUCUCUCCAAAAGAAGGCGGUCAAACCUUAGAGGUUGGCGGUUUGGAAAGAUCACGACCGAGUUCAUGUGUGGACAUUCUCAUAUCCCCAUGUGAUCAAAAGCCUGCUUCUGUAGCAUCAAGUCAAGAGACCAUUUCCAACAUAAGACAAGGCAGCACAGCACUGCUAGAUAGACUAACAGAUAAGGACAGACUAAAGCCCUCUUCUCCACCAAAAAGGACUAAAUCCUUGAAAUACUUCCCAGUGGAAGACCAACCUACAUCUCCUUUGACAAAGAGGAGGGCUAUGAGCACCAUCAUUGUCAGCCCGCCUGAUGAACCAGAGGAAUCAGACGAACCCACAAAGAAGGCCGAACUGCCGCAAGGGAACUCCUCUUCGCCAAAGAGGACAAAAUCAUUGAGAUAUAUUCCUACUGAAACCCAAAGCCAGACUUCCCCAAUCACAAAGAAAAGAGCUAUGAGCAGCAUCAUCUACAACCCAUUUGAGGCAGGCGAUGAUGUGCAAACUGUGGAUUACAGAUCAGUAGUGGAUCAGAUCACUAAAGCGCCAAAUCAAUGGCCGGCAAACCUUGAGUACCAGGUGCAUCCCAGCAGUGUCGGUCACAUGCCUAAAGUGUCAACGGUCAGAGCUCUCACCCAGCAGUUUCAAGCCGCAGAGCCUCGAAAAGCCGACAAUCAGACUGAUCAAACUCCUUUCGACACUAAAGGACCCCUUCCAGGAGCAGAGCCCGCUGCAGAGCAAACAAAGACGAAGGCCAAGAGAAACCUCUCGGACACUACCAUGUAUCUGACUGUUGCCGAGGACAAGUAUUUGCUGUCUCACAGGUCACAGAGCUUUAACACCAGCGAGAGGAAAGCAAAGAGCCUGGUGGUUAGCAAGGAGCCGAGAGCCUCCAGUAGCGAGAGAGACCUCGUUCAAGCCUGCAAGGCGGCACGUGAGGAUGUGGGGAAGACGAUGGAGGCCGAGAAGAAGGAAGAUGAAAAGAAAUAAGAGCCACAACAAGAGGGGAGAU